AUGACCGACACUGAAGAAUUCCCCGUCGCUGCCGUAGAGGAAGAAGAAAAGGAUGCGAAGAAGAGUAGCAACGAUAGCGACGACGAUGAGGACGAUGACUUCCGUGCCAAGAUCUUCCCUCAGCGUCUGAUGGAAUUGCUGUCUGACGAGAGGAACAACGACUGCAUCUCGUGGCUGCCGCAUGGUCGUGCCUUCAUCAUCCGCAACCGCAAGCUCUUUGCCGAGAAGGUCAUGCCCAAGUUCUUCCCUCGCAAGUCCAAGUACAGCAGCUUCACGCGAAAGCUGAAUCGUUGGAACUUUGUACGCAUCUCGAGUGGUCCUGAACUGGGCGCCUACUACCAUGAGUUCUUCCUUCGGGACAAGCCUCAUCUGGCGGCGCAGAUGUUCUGCAAGAAUGCUCGUACCAAGUUGGCCAUGGCCACUCACGGAGAGAAUCCAGCAUCACAGUACGCGUCUGCGGCUGGCACCCCCGCCGCUGCUCGACGUCCUCCGGUGGAUAUUCCUACCGCUGGAAUCGCUUCCUUGUCCAUGAACCCACCCGCCGCAGCCAGUUUGCCGGCCCCCACUCCCAACUUCAACGUGUCGAGUCAAUACGCGGCGGCCGCGGCAGCUCUCAAGCAGAAUCUCAUGCCACCUGCCGCUGACGAGCGAAUGAUGCUGCAGUUGCGAGAACAGCAAAAGCUAUUGGAAACGCAAAUGAGCAUCGUGCGACAAGCAGACCCAGCGACAAGACUCAUCUUGCAACAAGCCAUCCUCAAGGAACAAUCUGUUCAGAUGAACCAGUUGGGAGUCGCGCUUCCUCAGCAGCAGACUCCUGCCGCAAGUCAGACGCUCUUGGCAUCGACCUUGGCGCUUCAGCAGUCGCAGGCUCGUCUCAUGCAAAUGAGAGAAAUCCUCAAGAUGAGAUUCCGACAGCAAAACAGCAACCAGAGUCGAUCUCCGCACAACAAUCGUGCUUCGGCCGCUUAA